CACUCUCUCUCUUUUCUCUCUUUUUUAAUUCUAUCGUUCCUGUUCUCAUUUUCCUAAUGGAACACAAUUCACAAAGUUGCCUUCCACCUCCCUGUUGGGAAGCCUAAAUUUGGGGGUCGAGGGAGGGUGGCAGGAUUUUUAAACCAAAGACCGUACUGCCUGCUACGCUAGGCUGGAAUUCCCUGGGGACGCUUUAUCUCUUUAAUGUUUUUUAAUGUGUAUUUUGUGGAAAUUGUUUUAUUUUUGGGGGGAGAAAGAAAGUCGGAUGUGGGAUCUUACAAGAAGCGACUUUACAGCCUCUGCCUAUGACUCAGUAACUUUGUGCAUGUAACAGUGGACUAUAAGAGGAUACCCUAUUCAACCAUGUAUGCAUCACCUUUAUGUCUGACACAGGAUGAGUUCCACCCGUUUAUUGAGGCCCUGCUCCCUCAUGUUCGAGCUUUUGCAUACACGUGGUUCAACCUUCAGGCACGGAAACGGAAGUACUUCAAGAAGCAUGAGAAAAAGAUGACCAAGGAUGAGGAGCGAGGGGUUAAAGAUGAGCUGCUGAAUGAGAAGGCUGAAGUCAAGCAGAAGUGGGCAUCACGUCUGCUGGCCAAGCUACGCAAGGAUAUCAGACCAGAGUUCCGAGAGGAUUUUGUGUUGUCCAUAACUGGGAAGAAGGCAGCCAGUUGUGUCCUCUCCAAUCCUGACCAGAAAGGCAAGAUGAGGAGAAUUGACUGCCUGCGACAGGCGGACAAGGUGUGGAGGUUGGACCUAGUGAUGGUCAUCUUGUUCAAGGGCAUUCCACUGGAGAGCACGGAUGGAGAGAGACUGGUUAAGGCAGGCCACUGCUCGAACCCUCAGCUAUGUGUGCAGCCACACCACAUCAGUGUGUCUGUCAAGGAACUCGACCUCUAUCUGGCCUACUUCGUCCGAGAACGAGAUUCAGAACAUGAUGGCAGCCCUCGCACAGCUAUUGGCUCAGAUAUAGAGGACACUAAACCUAUCAAUUUGGAUAUGACAGAUUUCCAGGAGAGUUUUGUCACUUCUGGCGUUUUCAGCGUCACAGAAUUAAUUCAAGUGUCUAGAACCCCUGUUGUCUCUGGCACGGGUCCCAAUUUCUCUCUGGGAGAGCUACAGGGACACCUGGCUUAUGAUUUAAACCCUGCGGGAACCGGAAUGAGAAGGACUCUCCCCAGCACUUCAUCUAGCGGGAGCAAAAGGCACAAGUCUGGGUCCUUGGAGGAUGACAUUGACACCAGCCCUGGAGGAGAAUACUAUGCAUCACCCUCGUCUCCAACUGGGAGCAGUCGCAACUGGACUGAGGACAUGGAGGGGGGUAUGUCCCCGGUAAAGAAGACUGAGAUGGACAAAUCUCCAUUUCAUAGCCCAUCCCCUCAAGAUACAUCCCCAAGAAUCAGUGGCUUCACCCAGCACCACCGGCCAGUCAUAGCAGUGCAUAGUGGUCUUGCCCGUAGUCCUCACACCUCCACUACGUUACACUUUCCUACUUCCUCACUUAUUCCUCAAGCAUCGACGUACUUCCCUCACACAGCCAUCCGAUAUCCUCCACACCUCAAUCCACAGGAUCCACUGAAGGAUUUGGUGUCCCUUGCCUGUGAUCCUUCCAACCAACAGCCCAGUCCGCUGAAUGGGAGUGGCCAGGUGAAGGUUUCAAGUCACUACAUCUCCACUCAGAUGUUGGCACCACCCCCACCUGGAAUGCCUCGUCUGACGUUACCUUCUGAUACCAAAUCUACAACCGCAUCUGAUGGGGGUACAUCCUCGCCUACAUCUCCAACAUAUUCUGGCCCCGGCACACCACCUGCCAACCGAUCCUUUGUGGGACUUGGGCCCCGCGACCCUGGAAGUCUUUAUCAGGCACAAUCCUGGUACCUGGGAUAACGGCCUGAGCCAGUCAACUCCACUGCAGCCAGCAGGUAGAAGAUGAAGAUCUUUGUCCUGGUUGAAGUAUGCAAGAUAACAUGGCGGAAAAAAAACAAAAAAAAACUUUUUAUAAAAGGCUUUUGCAAAGAAGAAAUAUAAUUCUCUUUAAAAAAAAAAAAGAAGAAGAAAAAGAAGAAAGCCAACGAUAUCCUGGGAAGAAGGAGCGAAUGAAAGAUUAGAGUCAGGAGUGAAGACCCGACCGUGUUCCUUGGCCCUGAACUUUAUAAAGAAUACCUAGAGGGAAAACAUUGCAUCCCUCUCCCAAACCAUUGUAUGGCUUCGAUUUCUGCUUCAAAGACGAUAUAAGCAAAAUAUAUAUAUAUAUAUAUAUAUAUAUAAAUAUAUACAUACAUAUGCUAAUUUGAUUUUAAUCAUCUUUUUAUCUUCAACCAUUUUACAAUGUGGUUAACAGCAGCCAGCAAGAAGGAAGAGGAAGUUAAUAUAUAUUCUUCCUUUGCGUACACUUAUGUUGAAAUUAAUGCACAUUCACAUUUUUUCCCCCCAUAUAUAUUUUUAAUUUUUUUUAAAUCCUGCCUGCUUCACCGAAAGUUUGAACCUGUUUUUGGCUUAUGGAUAUUAUCAAAUUGCAGCUUUGCAUUUGGGAGAGAACGGUGUCUUUAGACACAGUCGGAACAAAGUUGUGUUCUUGCACCUUAAGCCCUUUAGGUAAAUGCUGGAGACCUAUGGGGUCCUGUCUGCGCUUUAGUUUUUGUUUGUAUCGAUUGAUUUAAUGUUGGUGAAAGAACUAUCUAAUAUCUAUGUACCACUUACAGGCUAAUGAAUCCCUUUUACUUGUUAGUGCAAAAUCGGCAGGCCAUUGAGACUUUUUGCCUAUUUUUCAGGUCUACUCCAUUGAGUUAUUGACUCUUUCUUUUAGUUUCUGAAAUUUGUAAGUGUUUUUUUUUUAUGAUUUGGGGUCAGAAAUCAAUCAUUCUAUGUAUUGCUUUUGGACAGUGAUUUAUUUUCUGUUCAAUGAUUUUAGAAUUUCAUAGUUGAGGGUUUUGUCAUGUUCGUGUACAUAUAAACUCGUGACAAAACAUUACAUAAAUACAUCAUGGGCAUCGAACUUUCUUCUUUGGGCCCAUAUUUCUUACAGGCAUUCAGGCAAUCUUUAUUUAACAUGUAAAAAAAAAGGCAGAAAAUCAGUGUGGGAAGUAUUAUCCCGAUUUGUCCAACACCCUCAAAAACUGAAUUUCAACAUCCAUGUCUCUGUAUAAACAUCACAGAAAUUAACUUAUGGAUGGAACGGAUAACAAGAACAUUAGUAAUCCACAGUAAUCAGACCUUUUAGGGGGUAAAUAUAUAUUUAGAGCUAUAUUUAACGUCCAAAAUUGUUUAAGCCAUAGAAAAUGUAAAAAAAAAUAAAUACUUUAUACACAAUGAUUAUGUGCAGAAUAAAACACAAUAUGCCUGAAUAACUUACCUUUCAUUAAUUUAGUUUAAGAAAAGUCCCCCCAAAUGUAUUUUUUUUUUCCCUCAUCCCUUCUGCUAGGUAAAACAAGGCUACUAAAUCUCCUGCUCAUAACAUGAUAUACAGCAGGGGUGCCCAGAUCCAACUUUCAUAGUCACACUUAGAUUUACGAUUAACAGUUUUUUAAAUGAUAUUCUUUUAACUUACAAUUUUUUUAUUCAUUUCAAAACACAGGGAGGGAUCGAAUUAACAAUUUACAUAUGGACCAGAGAAAGCCUCUCUGAAUGAGGUGCUGAAUGUGAUUUUAUUACAAAGCAGAAGGUUCCCAGAAAUGAGAAUGAACAUUGAGACCCAAUUAUAUGGCCCUGAGAAAGUCCUAUAUUAUUUUCUAUAAUUUGGAAUCCUUCAGUUUAAUAGUAUGCAUUUCACCUGUCUUCUAGGUAGAUGUUUGUGUGCUCUUAUAUUUCUUUAUAUACACAGAAAUAUCAAUGCUUCUUUCACACAGGUGUACAAUAUAGUUUGAAAUUUCCACUGUUCAAAAUACUGCUCCAGGCCUGAAAGAAUGCCAAUCUUAAAUUAAUGUAUGUCUAAUAACUAUUAAGGAAGCCUUUUUUUUAAUAAUUUGAUAUAACUUUUUGGGGACUAGAUGGUUUUAGAUAGCAAGAAUUUUUUAUUAAAGACCUUCUGAUAUGGUUUAAAAAUGAAAUAGUUAACACCAAAGAAAAUCACUGCACAUUGUAUAACCCACUUUUAUUUUUCAGAUCGUAUAGAAAAACUGGUUAGCUUUCAAUAACCAACCAUACUCCGAGGUGACAUUUACACACAGGUUUCAGAGGUUGUACAUACCUCUGAGCACAUACGCCCAACUGUAUUUGCAUGUAUAUAUAAAAUGUAUUUAUAUAUAAACACCCACGUAACGUACGUGUAUAUAUUUACACAUACAUUAAGUGAGUGACUAUAUUUUUUACAUACACAUUUAUAUUCAUUAUUCCAUUGACUCAUACUAAUGGAAGUAGCUAUUAAAGGCAGAAAUACAAUUAAUUAAGGUGUUCUAACAGGAUGGGAAAGCUCUUAACCAUAUUACAGUAUAACCUGCAUGGUGCUUUCUCCGGCAAUCAACUCCCAAAUCUGGGCUUACCGUACAGGCUUGUGGCUGAGGACUUGCAUGGCAGAUAUAAAUAAGGCACUAGAGCCUUUAUAGGCGGGAAGGGAGAGUGCAUUUUUAUAUACUUAACUGUUCCCUGACUGCCACAAAUAAAACACCCUGAAUAUGUGUUUUGUAAGAGAUUUUAACAAAGAAUUAAAUCAUAUACUGUUAUAUGAAGCAGACAUACUGCUCUGUUUUAGUAAAGAAAUAUGUAUAUAUUUUCCCUCUUGCAGGGAUGUCCCCUCCAAACAGCCUCCUCACUAUCCAAGAAAAAUAGUGGUUCUUGAAGCCCAACUGGUUUAACAAAUAUUUAAACAAUUCAACGUCCGCUAUUCUACUUAUCCAGUGGCCCGUAGAUAAAUGAUCUACCGUCAGAAGAUUGUUUUAUUUUGUGUUUGUUUUUUUUAAUCACUCACAAACAUGCUAGUAUAUUACUAAUUGUAGACAUCUUCGGAAGUGAGGAUGGAGUGGGGGGGUUGAAGAUUAGCCUCUGUGGGGACGCCCUUCGUAGGACUAGAUAGAAUCUUCGGGUCUGGUCUGCUGUAUGUUUGUUUUUAAAUGUUUGUUGGAGGUAUUAAGAGAAAGUCCUAUAUAGAAAAAUAAAUAAAUUAAAAAAAAAUAAAAUAAAAAAAACACUAGAGAGAAAAAAA